UUUUGCUUAGUGUGGUGGGAGCACAAACUUACAGUUUGAUGAGAAACCUCUUAAGUCCUGCAAAACCAGGAGAGAAGACUUUUGGACAACUGGUAACUUUAUUAAAGAACCACUUUAACCCCAAGCCAAGUGAAAUUGUCCAGAGAUUUAAAUUUAAUUCACGCUUGAGAAGAUCCCCCGAAUCUGUGUCUGAAUAUGUGGCAGAAUUAAGGAAAUUGGCACAAGAUUGUGAUUAUGGAGCAACACUUUCACAAAUGUUACGGGAUAGACUGGUAUGUGGAAUAAAUGAUGACCGCAUCCAAAGAAGAUUAUUGUCAGAGACUAAUCUCACAUUUGAAAGUGCCCUGUCUCUAGCACAAGCAAUGGAAUCUGCCAACAAGAAUGUGCAGGAUUUGCAAAGUAAGGCAGGAGCCAUGUCCUGUAAUGCAGUGAGGGCUGGAGGAUCAGAGAGCACGGGGAAGAAGAGAGAGAGCCAGAGAAGAGCAGAAAAAGAUAAAGAUUGUUAUCGCUGUAACGGUAAACAUUCACCUGAGGACUGUCGGUUCAAAAAGGAAAAGUGUCAUGCCUGUGGAAUAACUGGACACAUAGCUCGAGCGUGUCGCAAUAAGAAAAAGUUAAAUGCUGACAGGAGAAAUGACAGAAGGCCCAGAGCAAGUGGAAGACGCUAUACACAGGAGAGAAAAGUGCAUUAUUGUUCUCCCAGAGUGGCAGAAGGGAGUGAUGAAGACGAACAGCCAUUAUCUUUGUAUAAUGUCUGGUGCGAAGAUGAAGAGGAGGCAGUGCCCCCUUACAAGGUAUGCAUGACUCUAAAUGGUGAACCAGUGAUAUUUGAAGUGGAUACAGGAUGUGGACUCACCAUAAUGACUAUGAAAGCAUUCAAAGAAAAAGUGAAAAAUGCCCCUCCAUUAAAGAAAACUCGCCUGAAGUUGAAAACAUAUACAAAACAAAAGAUAAAGGUGCUGGGGAAAGCAUAUGUGAAAGUGAAUUACAAACAGCAAGAAAAGAUAUUGCCCAUAAUAGUAGUUAAAGGCACAGGUCCAAACUUAUUGGGAAGAUGGUGGUUGAAGCAUGUUAAAUUGGACUGGGCUGAGAUAAAGCACCUUGCACACCAUUCACAGUCUCUGAACCUGGAGCAAGUGCACACUGCAAACCACUCACAGCCCCUGACCCUGCAGCGAGUGCUACAAAAGCAUGAAGGAGUGUUUAAAGAGGAGCUGGGAACGUUAAAAGGGUUUAAAGCUACUAUUCAUGUACCUGUUGAUGCUGCUCCUCGCUUUUAUAGACCAAGAUCAGUUCCCUAUGCUAUGAAGCCUAAAGUUGAUGCAGAGAUUGACAGACUGGUAAAAGAGAACAUCAUUACUCCAGUCAAGUAUUCUGAAUGGGCAGCUCCUGUGGUUCCUUUGCUCAAACCGGAUGGUGACUGUAGAUUGUGUGGAGAUUAUAAAUUGACUGUAAAUAGAGUCUCCACCCUAGAACAGUACCCCAUACCCAAAGUAGAAGAUUUGAUGGCUGUGUUAGCUGGGGGGAAGCAGUUUACAAAACUAGACAUGAGCCAUGCAUAUCAACAAAUCCAAAUGGAUGAUCAGUCUAAAAAGUACUUAACUGUAAAUACUCACCGUGGAAUGUUUACAUAUAACAGACUACCAUUUGGUGUAUCCUCCGCUCCAGCAAUAUUCCAGAGAACCAUGGAGGGGGUUCUCCAGGGAAUUCCACAUGUAGCGGUGUAUCUGGAUGAUAUACUGGUUACCGGAGCAACCAGAGAAAGGCACCUAAAGACCCUGGAUGAGGUGUUGAGCCGCUUAGAGGAGGCGGGUCUCAGAUUAAAGAGAAGCAAAUGCACGUUGCUGGCUGAUGAAGUUCAGUAUUUGGGACAUAAAGUGGAUGCUAAAGGAGUGCAUACUGUGGAAGCCAAAGUAAAGGCUGUUGUUGAUGCUCCCACCCCAACUUCAGUAACAGAGCUCAAGGCCUACCUGGGCUUGUUGAAUUAUUAUAACCGCUUCCUUCCCAAUCUCUCCACAUUGCUGGCCCCUUUACAUCAUCUGCUGAGGAAAGAUGUGGUUUGGAGCUGGGGCAAACAGCAAGAAGAAUCCUUCAGGAAAUCCAAAGACUUAUUAAAGUCAGCUGAUGUGUUAGUGCAUUAUUCUGGGAAGAAGGCUUUGCUAUUAGCCUGUGAUGCCUCACCCUAUGGCCUAGGAGCCGUAUUGUCCCACAAAAUGGAAGAUGGAACAGAAAAACCCAUUGGUUUUGUAUCUCGUACCUUGGCACCAGCGGAGAAGAAAUACUCUCAGCUUGAUAAAGAAGGUUUGGCUGUGAUCUUUGGAAUUAAAAGGUUCCACAAAUACCUCUAUGGACGAAACUUUACAAUUGUAACGGACCACAAGCCCUUGAUAUCCCUGUGCAAUGAAACUAAACCUGUUCCUCAGAUGGUGUCACCACGUGUUCAGCGUUGGGCUGUAUGGCUCAGAGCUUAUGAGUAUCAGAUUGUGUAUAGACCUGGAAAGCAGCACAUAAAUGCAGAUGCCCUCAGUAGGCUCCCCCUUCCAGAAACAUCACCUGCUGAGGAAGAGGAGGAUCUGGUGCUGAUGCUGGAUGGAAUGGAUGAUGCACUGGUGACCACGGAACAAAUAAGACAUUGGACAGCUAAAGAGGUGACAUUGUCACGAGUGCAGGAGUAUGUCUUAAAAGGAUGGCCUUCUACAGUGGAGCCUGAACUCAUGCCUUACUUCACCAGACGCUGGGAGCUCAGUGUGAGAGAUGGAUGUGUUCUGUGGGGGGCUCGUGUCAUUAUUCCUCAGAAAGGAAGGAAAACUCUGUUAAAGUUGCUGCAUCAGUCCCACCCAGGAAUGUGUAGGAUGAAAGGACUAGCUCGGUCAUAUGUCUGGUGGCCACAGAUGGAUCGAGAUGUUGAGAGGGAAGUAAACCAGUGUGACGCAUGUCAACAGCAUAGCAUGUCUCCCUCUACAGCACCCUUACAUCCCUGGGAAUGGCCAGAAAAGCCUUGGACCCGACUCCAUGUGGAUUAUGCAGGUCCAUUUUUGGGUAAACUGUUUUUGGUGAUUGUUGUUGCCCAUUCUAAAUGGAUGGAUGUAUAUCCAGUGACUACAGCAACCUCACAUGCAACCAUUGAAAAGCUCAGACAAAGUUUCAGUGUCCAUGGAUUGCCACAGAUGUUGGUGAGUGAUAAUGCUACCUGUUUUACAAGUGCUGAGUUUGCUGAUUUCAUGUCUAAAAAUGGGAUCAACCAUGUCACCUCAGCCCCUUUCCAUCCUUCAUCAAAUGGACUGGCCGAAAGAGCAGUUCGAACCUUUAAGGAAGGGAUGAAGAAGAUACAAGGAGGAAAUGAGAGCUUGGAAGCAAAAGUGUCCAGAUUCCUUUUUAGUUACAGAAUCACUCCACACUCUACUACAGGCUUGUCACCAGCUGAAAUGUUGAUGUCAAGGAGACCUAGGUCUGCCUUGGAUCUGUUACUUCCAGACAUGAAGUCUAAGGUGGAAAAGAAACAGUGGAAACAAAAAGUUAAUCAUGACACGCACACAAAGCUCAGAAGUUUUGCACCUGGGAAUCCUAUAUUUACAAAAAACUAUGGAUAUGGUCCCAAAUGGAUUCCUGGAACGAUCGAGAGCUGCACAGGUCCCCUGUCAUGUACAGUCCUCAUAGGAAAUGGACAGAUCGUGAGGAGACAUAUUGAUCAAAUCAGGAAGAGAGAGUCCAGUGGUGUUCCUGAUAUAGAUCCCAGUACACCUCAGGCUGUGAGCAGCCCAUCUCUUAUGGAGACAGAACAAGUACAGUCCCCUGAGGUCCGGAUCCCUGACUCUUCAUCCCAUGUGGAGGACUCUGGGAGUGCCCCACUGAUACUGGGGAGUGAGUCCCCACAUGUAUUACAAGAACAGUUAACACCACCCUUAAGGCGCUCUAUUAGAGAGAGACGCCCGCCUGACUAUUAUAGGCCUUAAAUAAACACUGAAAAGAAAGUGAAUAUUUAUUCAGCUCUGCA